AUGCCUCAGGUGUCUCGAGAGGCUCACAAGCCUCAGUUGGCUCGAACAGUCUUCCACGCCGUGCCUCAGGUGUCUCAUCAGGCUCCCAUGCCUCAGGUGUCUCGAGAGGCUCACAAGCCUCAGUUGGCUCGAACAGUCUUCCACGCCGUGCCUCAGGCGGCUCGUCAGGCUCCCAUGCCUCAGGUGUCUCGAGAGGCUCACAAGCCUCAGUUGGCUCGAACAGUCUUCCACGCCGUGCCUCAGGCGGCUCGUCAGGCUCCCAUGCCUCAGGUGUCUCGAGAGGCUCACAAGCCUCAGUUGGCUCGAACAGUCUUCCACGCCGUGCCUCAGGCGGCUCGUCAGGCUCCCAUGCCUUGGCCGGCCCGUCAAGAUCGCCCAGUCCCUCAGAACCCCAACCCUCAACUCCACAGCCCCUCAGACCCCCAACACUCAGACCCAAAGCUCUCAGACCCCCAAACCUCAACCUCACAGCCCCUCAGACCCCCAACCCUCAGCACCAAAACCCCUCAGGCCCCCAACCCUCACCCUCAGCACCAAAGCCCCUCAGACCCCCAACCCUCAACCCCACAGCCCCUCAGACCCCCAACCCUCAGCACCAAAACUCCUCAGACCCCCAAACCUCAACCUCAACCCCACAGCCCCUCAGACCCCCAGCCCUCAUCCAUCAGCACCAAAACCCCUCAGACCACCAACCCUCAUUCUUCAGCACCACAACCCCUCAGACCCUUAUCCCUCAGCAUGACGGCUCUACAGCCCCUCAGAACCCCAACCCUCAUCCCUCAGCAUGACAGCACUACAGCACUACAGCCCCUCAGACCCCAACCCUCAACCAUCAGUACCACAGCCCCUCAGACCCCAACCCUCAACCCUCAGCACCAAAACCCCUCAGACCACCAACCCUCAUUCUUCAGCACCACAACCCCUCAGACCCUCAUCCCUCAGCAUGACAGCACUACAGCACUACAGCCCCUCAGAACCCCAACCCUCAUCCCUCAGCAUCACAGCCCCUCAGACCCCAACCCUCAACCAUCAGUACCACAGCCCCUCAGACCCCAACCCUCAUCCCUCAGCAUCACAGCCCCUCAGAACCCCAACCCUCAACCAUCAGUACCACAGCCCCUCAGACCCCAAUCCUCAACCAUCAGUACCACAGCCCCUCAGACCCCAACCCUCAACCAUCAGUACCACAGCCCCUCAGACCCCAACCCUCAACCAUCAGUACCACAGCCCCUCAGACCCCAACCCUCAACCAUCAGUACCACAGCCCCUCAGAACCCCAGCCCUCAUCCCUCAGCAUCACAGCCCCUCAGACCCCAACCCUCAACCAUCAGUACCACAGCCCCUCAGACCCCAACCCUCAACCAUCAGUACCACAGCCCCUCAGAACCCCAACCCUCAUCCCUCAGCAUCACAGCCCCUCAGACCCCAACCCUCAACCAUCAGCAUCACAGCCCCUCAGACCCCAACCCUCAACCAUCAGUACCACAGCCCCUCAGACUCCAACCCUCAUCCCUCAGCAUCACAGCCCCUCAGACCCCAACCCUCAACCAUCAGUACCACAGCCCCUCAGACCCCAACCCUCAUCCCUCAGCAUCACAGCCCCUCAGAACCCCAACCCUCAACCAUCAGUACCACAGCCCCUCAGACCCCAACCCUCAACCAUCAGUACCACAGGCCCUCAGACCCUCAUCCCUCAGCAUCACAGCCCCUCAGACCCCAACCCUCAACCAUCAGUACCACAGCCCCUCAGACCCUCAUCCCUCAGCAUCACAGCCCCACCGCCACACUGCCAUGGCUACCUUCUGA